UUUGUAUAUAUCAUCAUUUAAUCUAGAAUCUACAUUGAAAAAAAAUGGUUCAAAUUAGUGAAGUUAAGGACACUCAGGGGAAGGAGAGCAGAACUGCCGCUCACACCCAUAUCAAGGGGCUUGGAUUGGAUGAACAUGGAGUUGCCAAAAGAGUUGAAGGAGGAUUUGUUGGUCAAGCAGUAGCUAGAGAAGCUUGUGGAAUCAUUGUUGACUUGAUCAAAUCUAAAAAGAUGUCCGGGAAGGCCAUCUUGCUUGCAGGUGCUCCAGGAACUGGUAAGACCGCGUUAGCCUUGGCUAUAUCACAAGAAUUGGGACCAAAGGUUCCAUUCUGUCCAAUUGUUGGUUCUGAACUUUAUUCAGCAGAAGUUAAAAAGACUGCUGCCUUGAUGGAAAAUUUUAGAAAGGCUAUUGGAUUAAGAAUUAAAGAAACUAAAGAAGUUUAUGAAGGUGAAAUCAUUGAAUUAACUCCUGAAGAAGCUGAAAAUCCAUUGGGUGGAUAUGGUAAAACCAUCAGUCACGUGAUUGUCGGGUUAAAGACUGCAAAGGGUACAAAGAAUUUAAGAUUAGAUCCAAGUAUUUAUGAAAGUAUUCAAAAGGAAAGAGUUGCUGUUGGGGAUGUUAUUUACAUUGAAGCCAACACUGGAUCUGUUAAAAGAGUAGGACGUUCAGAUGCAUAUGCUACAGAAUUUGAUUUGGAAGCUGAAGAAUAUGUACCAUUACCAAAGGGAGAAGUUCAUAAAAAGAAGGAAAUCAUUCAAGAUGUUACUUUACAUGACUUGGAUGUUGCUAAUGCCCGUCCACAAGGUGGUCAAGAUGUCUUGUCCAUGAUGGGACAAUUAUUGAAGCCACGUAAGACUGAAAUAACGGAUAAAUUACGGUCAGAAGUAAACAAGGUUGUUUCCAAAUACAUAGACCAAGGUGUAGCUGAAUUGAUUCCAGGGGUUCUUUUCAUUGAUGAAGUUAAUAUGUUGGACAUUGAAUGUUUCACAUAUCUUAACCGAGCUUUGGAAAGUACCAUUGCUCCUAUUGUUGUAUUGGCUUCUAACCGUGGUAUGACUGUGGUUAGAGGCUCUGAUGAUGACAAAAAGUCUCCACAUGGAUGUCCUCCAGAUUUAAUCGAUAGAUUACUUAUUGUGAGAACUUUACCAUACAAUCAAGAAGAAAUUAAGAUCAUUAUUUCGAAAAGAGCCACUUUAGAAGGUUUGCGUAUUAGUCAUGAUGCCUUGGACAAAUUAGCUUCACAUGGAUCUACCAACUCUUUACGUUAUGCUUUGCAAUUAUUAGCGCCAGCCGGGAUCUUGUCCAAGACAGCCGGUCGUACGGAAAUCUUGAGUGAAGAUAUUGAAGAAUGUGAAGUUUUAUUUUUGGAUUCUCGUAGUUCUACCAAAAUAUUAGAACAGCAAUCCGGAUAUUUGUAAUUAUUAUUACGAGCAAUCGAAUAUUUUCCUUGGUAACUUAAAACGCUACUUGAAACGAUUAAAUACAAUACAAAAAAAAAAAAGGCAAAUCAAAAAUAACAUUGAAAAUGGAGGGGAGUGGACGAGACUCCCGGUAUUAUUCGUGAAUGUCUGUGGCGCAAAUACAACGUCGUACUUGGCAAAUAGCUAAAAGA